AUGACUACUUCAGCAACAGCAGUGGCCCCUGUCGGCGGAAUGCGACGGGUCGUUACCGGUCACAACAAAGAAGGCCUCGCUGUCAUUGCUAAAGAUGAUGAAGUCGAACGACUGGACCUCACGCCCGAGCACGCCACCUUUGCUGUCAUGUGGAGUACCAACAAGUGGCCCAUUGACAACCAGACACCAGAGGACGGCGCAGUCAAGCCGGUGUUUUCGGGGAAAUCUCACAAUCAAGAUGGUUCCGUGGUCCGCUUUGUCGAUCUGCCGCCUCACACUUCCAGCCCACUGCACCGUACGCAAACGCUCGAUUAUGGCAUUGUCCUGUUCGGCGAAGUAGAGCUGGAGUUGGACUCCGGUGAUAAGACAGUCCUCAAGGCAGGCGACACAUGCAUCCAACGUGGUACCAACCAUCUUUGGAGAAACACGACCGCAAACUGGACCAGAAUCGCCUUCGUUCUUCUGCACAGCAAGCCGAUCGUCAUCAAUGGUAAGCAGCUCACGGAUGAGGGCUUUCCUGGCCAGGAUUGA